GAAGCUAACCUCAAACAUUGCAUUUUGUUGGUUUUACGCGCAAGGGUUAUGAUCGUCAUAUGGUCAUACACGUGCUAAGUCGAGACCGACAACGUGUUAAGUAUUUUGUCUGAGAAAUUUUGCCGAUGCAAUUUUGCAUUGUUUGAUACCCCACAAAAAUAAAAUAAAAUAAUAUGACCAAAAUUCUGACCGAUUUAGAAGUUAGAAGAGGUUAGAGCCUAAGAUCAUUUAAUUCAGAAACAAUCAAAAGGCGUUCACCACGUGGUGCGUCGUAGAUUGACUUGUAUUACGAUAACAGGGAAGCUUUCUGUGGCCGGCAAGAUGAGCGACACGGAAAUGGAUGAGAAUUUAUACGAUAGCGAUCAGGAAGUCGCCAAACAUCACUCAAAUCUUGUCGAGGCUGUGACGCGGCUCGACAAGAGACAAAGAGUGAAGAAGGCAGAACGAAGCGAACCCAGUUUAGAAGUGUCAGAGUACCAUCUCGUGAAAAGUGGAGUAACAGAUCAGAAUACGGUGCAUACGCGUGAUCUGAUCAAGCAUUUGGAGCAGAAAGGAGAUCAGAGCAAUCUCAUUAAGAAGCUGCGAUACAUUCAACAGAAGAACAAAGUUCUUGCCAAGCCAUUGGAGAAACCAGCAGCUGAAAGGAUUAAAAGGACAGUUGGUUAUGACAAAGUCAAGGGAGAGUUGGACAAAUGGAACAGUGUAAUAACUAGAAACCGAACAGCUGAACAUCUGGUCUUUCCAUUGAAACAUAGUGCACCAGUGAAAGAUGCUCACGAUUCAAAGAUUUCUGAAUUUUUAAAGGGCUUUAGCAUAAAGUCUGAUUUGAUGAAGAAAUUUGAACAAGUUGAUCCAACAUUGCUAUAUCCAGCUGACAAGGAAGAGGAGAAGGGUAAUAAAUAUAAAAUGACUUUGGAAGAGGUAAUCUUGCGGAGGAAGGAAGCUGCUAGGUUUAGAGCACAGCAGUCAUACAAAGAAGCGAAAGCACAUCGUCAGCGUAAGAUAAAGAGCAAAAAGUUCCAUCGAAUCCAACGUAAGGAUAAGAUCAAGCAGCAGUUAAAGGAUUUCGAAAAAUUGAAGGAUAGUAAUCCAGAAGAGGCUCUGGCAAAGUUGGAGCAAUUGGAUAAAACUCGUGCCGAAGAGAGAAUGUCUUUGAAACAUAAAAACACAGGCCAGUGGGCUAGAAAUAAACAGAUCAAAGCCAAAUAUAAUAAAGAGACACGACAGAUACUUUCUGAACAAUUGGCCAUUAGUAAAGAAUUAACACAAAAAGUUAAGAGAAUAGACAGUAGUGAUGAAGAUGAAGAUGAGGAAGACGAGGAAAAUAUGGACAAUAUGAAAGCUGAAGAAGAUGAGAUGGUGUUAAAUGAGGAGGAGAACAAUGUAAAGACCGAAUCUGAAAUUAAUGAUUUUAUUAAGCUUUGUCGGAAAUACUAUGAUAAGAAACAACAGAAAGUAGAAACAAAUGAAAUUUCGAAUGAGAUUAUACCAGAAAAGGAAAAGGAGACGUCAAGUCACAAUGAAGAGAGUAAUACACAAACGAAUACAAGUGAUAAGAAAAAUAAACUACGCAAAAAUAAGAAAAGUACUUUGAAAGCAAAUAAAAGUGAAAUAACAAGUAAAUUGUGCAUUAUUGAGAAAGGCAGUGAUUCGCAAACAAAUAUAAGUGAUAAGAAAAAUAAAUCUUGUAGCAAUAAGAAAAAAAGUAUUUUGCAAGCGAAUACAAGUGAUACGAAAGGCAAAUCAUGUAGUGAGGAAAACAAUACUUCAUUAGCAGAUACAAGUAAUACAAAAGUUAAAGUUCGUAAAGAGAAAAGGAAUAAAGAAAGUUCUAUACCUGAUUGUGAAGAUACUACGCAUGUAAGGAAAUCAAAAAAAGAAAACUCAAAACGCAAACUGAAUCCGAAGGUGCAAGAAGUGAAGAAGAAAUUCAAGGCAAACGAGAAGACGGAAAAGGAUGAAGAAGAGGAAAAGGAAAAUGAAAAUGAUUCGCCGAGUCUCGAAUUCGAAGCUCCCAAGCGGAAACCUAUUUUGAAUUCUCCUUUGGAAGAAACGACUUUUAGGGAACAUGUACAAAAGGAUAGUGAUCUGACAAGUUUGAAAGAAAUAGCAAAUAGCGGACAGAAACCAAUUGACACUGAUAGUCACGAAGUAGAGAUAGAUCCGAAAAAAUAUGUAAACAUAAAGCCCAAACAUUUAAUGACCCAUCUACCAGACGUGACCACAUACGGAGAUGAGGACAGUGAUCAGGAAGAAGAGACGCACAAAAUAAUGAGCGAGGCAUUCGCGGACGACGACGUUGUCGAGGAAUUUAGGAAGGAGAAGGAAGAAGAGAUGAAGAAAUCGCAGCCGCAGAGUAUUGAUUUGAGUCUACCCGGAUGGGGCAGCUGGGGAGGACCAAACAUCAACAAGAGUAAAAUAGCUCGUAAGAAGAGUCGAUUUAUAUUAACUGUUCCCAAGGUACCGCCACGUAAGCCCGAGAACCAGGGAGAGGUCAUAGUAUUUGAGCACGAAAACGAAAACUUGAGAAAACAUCUCGUCAAGGAGCUACCACAUCCGUUUACCAGGGUCAAGGAUUUUGAAGCGAUCAUUAGAGCUCCCGUCAGUAGGACCUUUGUCCCAAUGAACGCCCAUGUGCGGCUCAUUCAGCCGACGGUGAAGACCAAGCUCGGACAAAUAAUUAAUCCGAUGGACGAAAAUGAGUUGUUGAAGAAGCAGCCAAUAGUAAAGAAACCACUAAAGCGUAUGAAGAAUGAUAAAAAAAAUGCUGUAAAGAACAACGAUGCAAAGAAUAAUAAAGAGAAGAAGGCUGUAAAGAACAAUGCAGAGAAUAAAAAAGAGAAGAAUACUGUGAAGCACAAUGUGAAAAAUGAUAAGAAGAAGAAUACUGUAAAGAAAAUUAAGAAAAAAGAAACAUAAACAGUACUAAAUGUAUAAACUCUAUAUUGUACAAUUAGUGUAUAUAAAAAUAUUUUUGAAUUAUAUUGAUUAGUGAUUUA